CGGCCAUUGUGGUGGCGGCGGUGGCGGAUCAUUUUGUUCCGACUCUUCAGAACAGCGAGUUGUUGGAGUUAGAAGACAUGACACACGUCCGCUGGGCUUGAGGCUAGGACACCUGCUUCUCCGUGUCACCUCUUUCAGCAGAAGCACGGAAGUGCACUGUAUUACCUGGCACGAAAGUUCCGGGAGCUUCGUGGAAAACGGCUUGGCUUCUGUGAGACGGAGUUUGGUGGGUGUCUUGGAGCUUGACCCCAUCCAACAGUUCCUAUGGAACUGAACCAGUCUUCAGGUCAAGGUGAUAGAGCCACACUGUUGGGUGAGACCAGCUGCCCAUUGAAAGUCACCGAGGACAUCUUGUUUGUGUGCUGUUCCUGCACCUAUGUCACCAGAGAUCAGCGUGUAAUUGUGAGCCACCUGACUGCCCAUGGUGAUGAACAAUCCAAGUGCCAGCAUCCUUCCAUGUCUGGCUCUAAGUCCCAAGUGCUUGGCAACAUUCAAAAGCACAAGGGUGAAAAGCCAUUUAAGUGCAAGCUCUGCCCCCGAGAGUUUGCUUAUAACUCCCUUCUGACCUGUCAUUAUCGAACACACACUGGUGAAAAGCCAUUUAAGUGCAUGGAAUGCCCCAAAGCCUUUGCUCUAAAUUCCCAUCUGCAAAGCCAUAAUCGAACACACACUGGUGAAAAGCCAUUUAAGUGCAAGCAGUGCCCCCAAGCCUUUGCUGAUAAUUCGUGUCUGAGAAUUCAUAAUCGAACUCACACUGGUGAAAAGCCAUUCAAGUGCAAGCAGUGCCCCAAAGCCUUUACUCAGAGUAGCCACCUGGUCCGUCACAAUCAAACACACACAGGUGAAAAGCCAUUUAAGUGCAAGCUCUGCCCCCGAGAGUUUGCUUAUAAUUUCCUUCUGACCUGUCAUUAUCAAACACACACUGGUGAAAAGCCGUUUAAGUGCAUGCUAUGCCCCAAAGCCUUUUCUCAAAAUUCCAGUCUGCAAAGCCAUAAUCGAACUCACACUAAAAAAAAAUUGUUUAAGUGCAAGCUUUGCCCCAAAGCCUUUACUCAGAGUAAAAAUCUGAUCUACCACAAUCGAACACACACGGGUGAAAAGCCAUUUAAGUGCAAGCUUUGCCCCAAAGAGUUUGCUCGUAAUUCCCUUCUGACCUACCAUAAUCGUUUGCACACUGGUGAAAAGCCAUUUAAGUGCAUGCAAUGCCCCAAAGCCUUUGCUCUAAAUUCCCAUCUGCAAAGCCAUAAUCGAACGCACACUGGCGAAAAGCCAUUUAAGUGCAAGCAAUGCCCCCAGGCCUUUGCCCAAAAUUGUCAUCUGCAAGCCCAUAAUCGAAUGCACACUGGUGAAAAGCCAUUUAAGUGCAUGCAAUGCCCCAAAGCCUUUGCUCUAAAUUCCCGUCUGCAAAACCAUAAUCGAACACACACUGGUGAAAAGCCAUUUAAGUGCAAGCAGUGCCCCCAGGCCUUUGCUCACAAUUGUCAUUUGCAAACCCAUAACCGAAUGCAUUGUGGUGAAAGGCCAUUUAAAUGCAAGCAGUGCCCCCAAGCCUUUGCUAAUAAUUCGUGUCUGAGAAUUCAUAAUCGAACUCACACUGGUGAAAAGCCAUUCAAGUGCAAGCAGUGCCCCAAAGCCUUUACUCAGAGUAGCCACCUGGUCCGUCACAAUCGAACACACACAGGUGAAAAGCCAUUUAAGUGCAAGCAAUGCCCCAAAGCCUUUACUCAAAAUUGUUAUCUCAGGCGCCAUUAUCAAACACACACUGGUGAAAAACCAUUUAAGUGUGAACAGUGCCCCCAAGCCUUUGCUCGAAAUUCCCUUCUACGAAGCCAUAAUUAUUUGCACAUUGCUGAAAAGCUAUUGAAGUGCAAGCAGGGCCCCUUAGCCUUUUUUGAAAAUUCCUCUGCAAAGCCAUAAUCGAAUGCACACAGGUGAAAAGCCAUUUAAGUGUAAGCAGUGCCCCCAAAGCUUUUCUGAUAAUACCAGUCUGACCCGUCAUCAUCGAAAACUGUUGAAGAGAAUCGAGGGUCUUUAACUUUUUUUUUACUGUGCUGAAAUUUUCUAUAUUGAUGUACUUCUCAGUGGUGAUUUCAAAUAUGCAAUUAGUUUUCAGAUAGCCUUAAUAGAUCCUGAGUUAUCAAUAAAUUUGCAAUUUUAAUUAGGCCCUUGUUACGGGUCGUUAGCGUAAAUUUCUUCGAAAUAUAUCGUAAAUAUUUAUAGAAUUUCAUUAACUCACAUGCUUUGUGUAGUGAUGCUAUUUUUGUUGCUUUAUAAGUCAUACAAUAAUUCUAAUUAAUUAGUCCCACAGUCUUAGUCACUUUUAACCCAUAUGAAGAACCUAAUAAAAAUUUCAUAUUUAUUGAUAACUCAGAAUCUACUAAAGCUAUCUGAAAACUAGUUGCAUAUUUGAAAUCACUAGUUAGAAAUACACCAGUAUUGUAAAUUUCAGCACGAUAAAUGAAAAAUAAAAAAGUGAGAUUUUCGUCCCCCCUUUAAAACCUUACAAGUGCAAACAAUCCCCCGAAAGCUUUGCUCAGUAUAGUUUAUCCGCCAGAACCAAAUGCAUAUGUGCAGAAUGCCUUGCGGAUCAUCGUAAGUUGAGCCUGGCCAGUGUGUGAUCAUUUCACUCAAGGAAAACUUUGACUUUUCAUUAAAAGCAUGUAUAUACCGAAGUGCAAGAUAGGUCCCAAGGCCCUUGUUCAGAUUAAUAGUGAAACUCUCCGGACUGAAGCACUUCUGCAUAUUAAAGGAGCUGUGUAACUAUUAAUGCUGCUUUGCUUAAAUAAAUUAGAAGUUGGUGUCUCAA